GUGUGUGACGAGGCUCUGUACAGUCUGCGUAUCCAGGACAACGGGCGGUUGUUGGCGUGUGGCAGUGAAGGGGGCGGAGCCUCUCUGCUGGAGCUGAGCAGCGGCCUGAGGACCAAUCAGAGCAACGACAAGAACCUGCUGGCUGCUAUGCUGGAGCGGGAGACCAAGAGGGAGAGAGUUCUGGAGGCCCGGCAGAGGGAGGUGCGUCUGAAGGAGAAGAGCCGCUCUGAGGAGGAGGGGGGGGGGGUCCGUCUGAAGGAGAAGAGCCGCUCUGAGGAGGAGGGGGGGGGGGCAGGACGGAGAGGAGAGUCCUGAACAGCUGAUCAGCCGGGCGGAGACACACUUCUACAGCCUCACCGAGAGGGGGGGGGAGAAAGACGUCUGUGAAGAAAAGGAGGAGAAGGAAGACUAAAAAUAUAUUCAUUCAAAAUGUCAUUUGUUUUAAUGUUCAAUAACGAAAUAAAGAGUGAGGUUCAAAA